AUGGGAAGAAGACCAGGAAGAUGUUACAGAUACAUUAAGAAUAAGCCAUACCCUAAGUCAAGGUUCUGCAGGGGAGUCCCAGACUCAAAAGUAUCCAAAUACGACACAGGCAAGAGAAAGGCAACAGUAUUAGAACUGCCUCUUUGCACUAAUCUAAUUUCAAUGGAAAGAGAACAAAUCUCAGCAGAAGCCUUAGAAGCAUCUCGUAUUGCAUUGAAUAAGUACUUAUCAACGCACUUAGAUAAAGAUGCAUUCCACUUCAGGCUUAAGGUUCACACUCACCACGUCGUAAGAAUAAAUAAGAUGUUGUCAUGUGCAGGUGCAGAUAGACUGCAGACAGGAAUGAGAGGGUCAUUUGGAAAACCAAAUGGACGUACGGCCAGAGUGGAAAUAGGACAGACACUAAUUUCCGUUAGAAGCAGAGAAGGCACUGAAGAAAGAGUCAGAGAAGGAUUAAGACGAGCCAUGCACAAGUUCGCUGGGAAGCAGAUCAUUCAGGUGAAUGAAAUGCACGGGUUCACUGAGUUUAAGCGAACUGAAUUUGAAAGACUCAAGGGAGAAGGAGCCUUAUUACCCAUGGGCAUUGGGGCAAUUGAGCUGAAGAAGAAGGGACCCUUAGUGGAAUACAUUCAGAAGGCAGCGAGUGCCUUGUGA